CGGACUGCGCCUGCGCAAGUCAUUUCGCGUCAAGAUGGCGAUGGAGAUGAGGCUUCCUGUCGCUCGUAAGCCUCUUAGCGACAGCCUGGGUCGCGAGAGUAAGAAGCACCUGGUGGUGCCCGGGGACACGAUCACUACGGACACGGGCUUCAUGCGGGGCCAUGGGACUUACAUGGGGGAAGAGAAACUCAUUGCAUCUGUGGCUGGCUCUGUGGAGAGAGUAAACAAGUUGAUCUGUGUGAAAGCUUUGAAAACCAGAUACAAUGGCGAAGUCGGAGACAUUGUAGUGGGGAGAAUCACAGAGGUUCAACAGAAGAGGUGGAAAGUGGAGACCAACUCUAGGCUGGAUUCAGUCUUGCUUCUCUCGUCCAUGAACCUUCCCGGAGGAGAGCUGAGGAGGAGAUCUGCAGAAGAUGAGCUGGCAAUGAGAGGUUUCUUACAGGAAGGAGACCUUAUCAGUGCUGAGGUGCAGGCGGUGUUCUCUGACGGGGCCGUCUCUCUGCACACGAGGAGUCUAAAGUACGGAAAACUAGGUCAGGGUGUUUUGGUCCAGGUUUCCCCGUCCCUGGUGAAACGGCAGAAGACUCACUUCCACGACUUGCCCUGUGGCGCCUCAGUGAUUCUGGGUAACAAUGGCUUCAUCUGGAUCUACCCUACACCUGAGCAGAAAGAGGAGGAUGCGGGGGGCUUCACUGCAAACCUGGAGCCUGUCUCUCUUGCUGAUCGAGAGGUGAUCUCCCGGCUUCGGAACUGUAUCGUCUCGCUGGUAACUCAGAGGAUGAUGCUGUACGAUACCAGCAUCCUGUACUGCUAUGAGGCGUCCCUUCCACAUCAGAUUAAAGACAUCUUAAAGCCAGAAAUAAUGGAGGAAAUUGUGAUGGAAACUCGCCAGAGACUUUUAGAACAGGAGGGAUAGAGAGAAGCAUGUGGAGGACAGGACCGUGUGUACCUGUCGGGAGUGGUUUCCUGCAAAGGAAGAAUCUGAUUUGUGGUCCCUAUGUGUGGCUCAGCAAAGACCCAGGAUGGGAAAACUCAUCACGAGACCUAUGUCAGACUGCCUCCAGCCCACAGACCUUUCUUACUUUUGAAGGCAAAGCCUGGGAGAGGUGAACUGCACCGCUGGCCCCUUGGGCUGCCUGCAGAUCCCCAGCACUGGGGUGGUUUAGGGUCUUUAAAAGCUCACUGUUUUCCAGCCGAGUGGACUCCCAUCUUGGAAUAAAACGGAGAAUCUUUUGUCUUCUAUUCACCAUCGAUUCACGAGGCACAAUGCCCCCGUGAAAUUGCCCCUAUAAAAAACAUGGCCCCCCUGACCCCCAAAUUGUCUGCUUUGGCUUCCAUUCCCACCUCCUCUACAGCACAAGGACGACAUUGAAAAUAUAAUUGGUAAAGUUAACCCACCAGUCAAAUAGAAGCAUAGUUAACGAAACAGACUUUUGUUUGGCUGGAAUUGUCUUUCCCAUUGCAUGUUCCUUCUAGUGAUAGAUUCAGGUAUAUCCGUACCAGGCUGCCUUAAUCUGUCCUGCCUUUGAAGGUGAUUUGUAAGUAGCUGAAUUAUUGUAAUAGAAUGAAUGUUUUGGGUGGUCUGAUAAACAUGAAAUCAAAGGAAAAUUGGAGAUGGGAAAAGAAAAGCUGGUUUCUUCCUAUAAUUGAAGUAGUAAAUGCAUUAACUUUUGAAUAAUUCACGGUUAAAAGAUAAAACCAAGAUGCUGAAGUUCACACUGAGAAAUGCCAGAAUCCCUAUGCAUUGGUUUUUCUGAUGUCUAAAAAAUGGUGCCCUGAUAUAGGUUUUGGGAAAGAAAUUUAAAGGCACUCUAUGAAGUACAAUUUUUAUUUCAUACGUGGUGAACUUUUUUACACAUUCACAAAUGCGGCGUUAACAUCACUUUCUGUUCUUGCGUUCUUUGUAAUACUUGGGAGCUGAGUACAGUCAAAGGAGGGCUAAAUUCUUCUGCUCUACUUAGGUCACCUAGUAAAGUUUAAACCUAGGACAGUUUCAAUGGUUGUAACGCUGAACACUGCAUUUGACAAUUUUGCAGUAUAACUUGGCUUUUUUGUUAAAUGGUGUAAUUCUUUAUAAUGUUACUCAAUAGACAAUUUUUUCUCACUCU